AUGAAGUUCUUGGCCGUCGUCUCUUCUCUCGUCGCCGUCGCUGUUGCGGCCGGCCGCUGCGGUGGUGACAACUGCGCCCGCCAGGUCACUGGUACCCGCGAUGGCCUCUCCGCCGUCACCGCCCGCCAGAACGACUGCUCUAGCUUCAUGCUCACCACCAUUGUCCCUGACGCUACCACCACCACCGUCACCGUCACUGUUGACCCCGAUGAGGCCCCCAAGUCCAAGCGUGCAAACAACGAGGUCCGUGCCGCCACCGAGGUCCCUACCGCCGUUCCCGCCUACGCCUCUGGUUGCGACAGUGCCUCUCGCUACUCGUCUGCUUGCGCUUGCUGGGGCAUCACUGCCAGUGCCACCACUGCUGCCCAGCCCACCAAGACUGUCACUGUCACCGUCACCAGCGACUACUGCGAGGACCUGUAA